AUGUCUGACAAAGCUGACAGUGUUUUCUUAGCUCCUAAGCUGCCAGACAGAAAAUGUGAAAAAUCAGAACAGAAGUCUUCUUUGAAUGUAAACAACGGGUCUCCCAAGCCAGAUGCAUCAAGAAAAAAAAUCGAGUAUGUUGAUGAUUUCGCUCCUCCUUCAUGGGCUGAAAUGCCGCCUACAUCUUCAGAUUUGUCAGUGGAGCUUUUGUCGAAUGGUGUAUUAAAGGAUACGGUAAAAUUAAAAGAUGUUGCUGGUAGAAAGAGUUAUGUUACAAUAGGAAGAGCAGAAGUUUGUGAUAUACGGGUUGAUGUCAGCGAAGCGAGCCGUAUUCACUGUUAUAUGCAGUAUGGGGAAGCUUUUGACGGUCGGGGUUGGUACGUGUUUGACAAAGGGAGUACACAUGGCACGUAUAUAAACAAGCAGGAGUUGCCUAAGGGCGUAUUUUUUAGGGCAAAACCAGGAAGCGUGCUUCAGAUUGCUAGUAAGUUUUUAGUUUAAAAACUUGGUGAGAAACUUUUCCAUAUUAAGUUAUAGUCACCUGUACAUUGGUAUAAAGUUUAACUUUUAGAAGCCAAUUAUCAUUUAUUUAUCACUGGCACGGAUGAAAAAAUUGAACGAGAACCUGCAGAAACAAAGAAUAUUGUUCAAAAUCCAACAAAAGUUCUUUCAAACUCAAAAAUGUAUCACAGCGAUCCUGUAAAUGCACUUAAACAAUUUUGUGAACGGGAAGGGCUUGAUUUUGAAUUUCAAACCUCAUAUGGUGGAAAGAAUGAAGUUACUAGCGGUUUUGAGUAUGUAUAGAAAGGUUUUAUUAAAUUUUAACGAAAAGUAUUUGAAAAUAUUUAUUUUAAAUUUUUAUAUUUUUUUUGUAAUUUAGGCUUCCGGACAACGUUUGCGGUGGAGAUGGAAGUACGUUUGUGGCUAUUUCUGAAUCGUUGCAGAUUGCCCAAAAAGAGUGCGCGUUAAAGGUUUGUACACACUUGGACACAUUAGGAUUAUUAGAUGGUGGAAUAAAUUGGUCGAAGAAAAUGAACGAAGGAAACGAUUUUUACGAAGAUGACGAGGAUACGUUUUAUGAUAGAACAGGACAAAUUGAGGCUCAAAGACUGAAACGCAUUGAAAGACAUAAGGCAAGGUUUUUAUUAUGUUUUAAUGAUUAAAAGAUUAAGUUUGACUAUUCAAUUUAUAAAAUUAAAAUUACGAAGAAAAUCCUAGCUUUUAGGCAGAAAACGGUGUCACAGAAAAAGCGUUAAAUUAUGAUGAAAUAAAAGCCAGAUUGGUAGAGUUAAGAGAAACCGAAAAGGCAAUAAACCAUCAACUGGAACGUUUAUUAAAACCAAUAUCGGAUAUUGACUUAUCAUCAAACGAAAUUAAUGUCAGCUCAUUAAAUGCCAGUUUGUCAAUACGGAUGGAGGUGUCCAAGCUGAAAAAAAAACUGGAGGAAGCAAGAAAUGAAAUAAAGGUCAUGGAAAAGAUGAAGCAGGUUGCAAGACCAGUCAAAUUUCAAAUGUUUUCGAAAACCACAAAAAAUCCUGAUGUGGAAAGGGCAAUUAAAUGCGACAGUAAAUCUGCACCAUUAGAAGGUAAUGAGAAUAAAACGGAAAGUAAAGAUUUGGAAUUGAAUGUUUUGGAAGAUGUCGAACAACCGGGAAGCUUUGAGAAUUCUGACUGUAAAUUAAAAUGCUUAGAAAAGUUUGAGGAAAAAACAAGUAUGAAAUUUGAACAUGAGGAGUGUACAAGUUUUGUCACAGUAGUUAAAUCUGAUCAAUCUGAAGAGAAAAAGUCGCAAAAGCAAGGCUCGGAUGGCAAGACCUACGGUCUGUUAUCAAGGAAAGAAUUGAGGAAACAGGACGAAAUCACGAAAAACAAAAGAAAAGUCCAAGAAGAUGAAAAUACGUUUGAAGAGAUGGAUUCAAAAGAAAAACGAAACAAAACGGAAAAGGUAAUGUACAUAAGGUGAAAUUGAUGUUAAAUAUUUUUAUUAUUUUAAAAGUUUCUUUCUUUGAAAAAAAACUUAUUUAAAGAUUAUAAUUGUUAAUAAACAUUUUCAGGAAAUUGAAAAAGACGAAGAACCUAUGUGGGAACCACCAAAAGGCCAAACGGGAGAUGGUCGGACUUUAUUGAAUGAUAAACUCGGUUAUUAA